AUGUCCUUCGAGUCUCCGCUCCCCCCUUAUAAUGCCUCCGAUCCUACAGCCACCUUCCUCAAUUCCUCGUGUCUCGACCUCCUCCUAAUCGAACUCGUCCCCCUCGCCUACCGCACUGUCCAAGCACUUGAUGCGCCGGCAUCCUCCUCAUCCUCCUCUUCUCCCGACCCUUCGCACCCUCCCAAAAUGGAAGAAGACGAAGAACGCGAUCGGGUCUUCUUUCGCCUUGAAAGUCUCGGAUAUCGCGUUGGCUUGGGCUUGGUCGAGAGGUUUAGCAAAGAUCGCCCACGGUUUACGGAUACGUUAGAUGUGAUCAAGUUUUUGUGGCACUUCUCCCUCUCUUCUCUUUUUCUUUCCUGUGGUAUUUUUGGUUGGGAAACCAGUACUAAUGCAGAGGAACAGGGAGUAUAUGUCCUAACAGACCAUUCAUUCCGCCCCUUUGCGCGCAUGAGUACGGAGCCAGGUGGAAACGCAGUUACACGUGCACAGCCUUUCUUGUACUUCCCCUGCGGCAUAAUUCGCGGAGCCCUCGCUUCAAUGGGUAUAAAUGCCACCGUUCAAGCGGAAACAACCGAACUGCCAGGCGCUACAUUUCAGAUUAAGAGUAUUGUUAAUACUACCACGGGGAAAUGA